AGGAAGCGAGUUUGGAUCGAGACGUUUCAAUAAUGCAGCGAUUCGCAUCGUUUUAAACUUGAAGAAGACUCAAAAUGAGCGGGGAGAACUCCGGGUUUAACAACUCAAAUAUGUGUGAUAAUAUUGUAAUGAUGGAGUAUAUUAAAGUAGAGAUUGUGGACAUGAGUGAUCCAGAACAAUGUAGCGUGAAAGAUGAAGAUACUGAUGAACAAAGAGUCCUGGUGGAGGUGAAAGAGGAAAGUCAAGAACUGACUGAAGUGGAGUGGAAACAUCAGCAUCAGGAACCUCAUUUCGUAAGUGGAGAAAAUAAAGGUAACCUUAACGAUCACAUCAGAAUUCACUCUGGAGAGAAGCCGUUCACAUGCCACGAGUGUUCAAAGAGUUUCACAUGUAAGAAACAGCUGAGUGAUCACAUGAGGGUUCACACCAUAGCGAAGCUGUUCGUGUGCCGUUACUGUGAUAAGAGUUUCAGUCACAACGGACACCUUAAGGAUCACAUUAGAUGUCACACCGGAGAACGACCUUACCGAUGUGACCAGUGUGGCAAGAGCUUCACUCAAAGAGGACACCUUACCGAUCACGUCAGAAUCCACACCGCAGAGAAGCCGUUCACAUGCCUGCAGUGUGGGAAGAGUUUCAUACAAAAAGGCCAUUUGAAGAGUCACCUGAGAGUUCACACCGGAGAGAAGCCGUUCACCUGUCAGCAGUGUGGGAAGAGCUUCACAAACCAAGGAAACCUCAUGAGUCACACCAAACUACACUCUGGAGAGAAGCUACACCACUGCUCUCAGUGCGGCAAGAGUUUCUCCGGGGCAGCGCUGCUCAAGAAACACCUGCUGUAUCACUUCGGAGAAAGGCCCUUCAGCUGUGAGCAGUGCAGCCAGACUUUUUUCUUCGCAUCGCAGCUAAAGAGACACCUGAAAGUUCACGGGAAUGAGCGGCCCUACACCUGUUCUUUCUGUGACAAGAGCUUUGUGUGGUUCCACAAUUUAAAAGACCACUACAAAACUCACACCGGUAUGAAAGAUCAUGUGUGCUUUGAGUGUGGGAAGGCCUUUAGCAGAGCCAACUACUUGGAGCAACACCAAAACACUCAUACUGGAUUAUCACCGUACAAGUGUUCGUACUGCGAUAAGAGUUUUAAGGUUUCGGGAUCCCUGAAAGCACAUGAACGAAUCCAUACUGGAGAGAAUCUGUUUCACUGCCUGACGUGUGGGAAGAGCUUCACUCAUUCAGGACACAUGAAAGACCACGAGAGGGUUCAUACCGGAGAGAAACCCUACAAAUGCCCGCAGUGUGGCAAGUGUUUCGCCACAUCAAGUAAUCUACAGAUGCAUAAAAAACAGCAUUGUCCAAAGUUGUUACAGUGAGAAAAGUUCAUCCUCAGGUCCAAACACUUCCAUGUUUCGAUGAAAUUGUUUUUUUUAGGGCCCUGUGAUUUCUGUGAUGCGAAAUACAUGGAGAGAGUCUAGGAAUCUAGUUAUAAAAAUGAAAUUUAUCAUAUAACAUGGAAUGUCUAAGAAUAUGGCAAAUUUUGGUUGAAUAAAUCAGAAGUAUUGCUGUA